UUGCUUCAAAGCAACAUUUUGCUCCGAAGGGCUACAAUGAGUGGGUUUUACAAGUUGCAAUCAAGCUAAAUAAUGUUAACUAACAAGUGGAAACACAUGCAUAUUUUCUUUAUAUUUGAAUGGAUUCCCGGCCUUUGUAAGAAUGUCUGAGGUCGCAUUAGAGGAAAUAUCAGUCUUAUCAGCAAUAUACUGCAAUAAGGACGAAUUUACUUUACUUGAGGAGUCAGCUGAAAAGGGAGUAGUAUUCCGGAUCCAGGUUGCAGCAGAAACAGAGACUGGGAAGAAGUGGGUGAGCCUGGUCUUUAACUUACCCCCUGACUACCCCCGCUGCCUGCCAGAUGUGUCCGUCAGCUCGGAGAAGCUCACCAGGCAACAGUGCCGACGCGUGAGGCAGAGCCUGCUGGAGAAAGCAUCGGAGCUCUGCUCGGAGCCCAUGGUGCACGAGCUGCUCCUGUGGUUGCAGCAGAACCUUGCGGACAUUGCCGGCAUUGAGCAGCAGGUGGUGUGCGUGGGUGCCGGCGACGGUGACAAUGCCGUGUCGGCCGCGGGCGGCGAGCUUUGGAUGGCUUUGCUCCUGCUCGAUCACAUGAGGGCCAAAACCAAGUACAAAAAAAUAAUUGAGAAAUGGACCUUGGAGCUGGAACUCACUGGGAGGCUCUUCAUUGGGAAGCUUAUUUUGAUCAUUCUGCAGGGAGCAAAGAGAAGCAUAAAGGAGUACCUUCAUCUUCAGAAGACGGUGAAGGUGGACGUUGACUCAGCGGGAAAAAAGUGCAAAGAAAAGAUGAUGCGUAUUCUUCGUGAGGCCCCGCUCCCCGACGGCUGUAAAGAGCUGACAUCAUUUGAAGUUAAGGAGAUUUCAUCUGUGGAAGAGCUGAAAGGAGAAUUUGAAUUAGUUGGACUGCUAGAGCUCUACCAGGAGUUUGUGUGCUCAUUGAUUUAGUCAUGCUUUCUCCAGGGGACUGGCCCCUCACCAAGAAGGUUUCCACCAGGCUGUCUCUAAACCAGGGCUGCCCAACCCUGUUCCUGGAGAGCUACCGUCCUGUUGGUUUUCACUCCAACCCUGACAAAGCACACCUCAUUCAACAGCUAGAGAUCUUGUUCAGCUGGUAAUCAGUAGAUUCAGGUGUACCGUUUUUCAAAAAUUAAAGAGAGAUUUCUCAUUGACAAAAAUUCUUCUCCACCCCGGAAUUAAUAUUUUGCAGAUCUUUUUCGGUAAGUCUGUAUGAGAUUUUCACUCUUAAAUUUUGGAAUUAAUGCAAGCGUGUGUCAACUCUGGAACGUUAGAUAGAGAGCCUCCAUGGAAAAAUAACUGGUUAAAAAUAAACAAUGGUAUCAAAAAUAAAAAUGUAAUGAUUGUUGUCAUUUGCUGUUUACAAAUUUAGCUUUUUGCAGUUGUGUCGUGGAACACAACUGAUUAACUCUUAAUUCCUGCUCUGGGUCAGUCUUACUGCCUGUAAUCACACAAUAAUGUGCACUUGUUUGAGCAUUGGUAAGGGAAACUCUUUUAAUGGGACACAAUGCAGAAAGUAUGAAUCAAGGUCAGGAAGAAUAGAAGCCACAACUUUACAUGAGUUUUAUUGAUUUGUGUACUUCAGUGCAUGGAUAGAAAGGGGCAUUCAAAUGCUGUGUGUGAAACGUGCCAGCUGCAUGCAUUUUCCACAUGGACCAACACUUGGCAGUGUAUCAAGUGCAGUCAUCGAUGCGCAGACAAAUCGCCUGUAGCGUUUUAUUCCAAACGAUCUAUUUGCAUGACAAAGGACAGAAUACGUUUUAAUGCCAUCGGAGAGCAAGUCUCUACUUGCCUCGGUCGCUCCUCUAUGCCAUCGUUUCAUUGCGUUGUCCUUGCGUGCGGCUGCACAUUAAGCCAACACAGGGACUCCACCAUAUUUCAUGAGCCCUUUGCUAAAUGUCAGUUUCUGUAGUCAUUUCACACAGGAACUCCGAAUGAGGUCGUUCGAAUGUCAGAGCGGGUUCUGUCAUUUUAUCAAUCUCCUUCAAAAACGACCCUUAUUGUUAGCUUCACCUUUGUCUCCGAUUAUAGCUGCUUUGUUAUGCUGUACCACGCUUUAAUUCAUUCUGGAUGAAUAACGAAUAGCAGCCCCUCAAGUAGGCUAUCACCGCUGAUGCAGUCGCUCACCGUAAGUGAAGGCUGGACUGCGCAGGUUUGAGCCCAGGUUGUGUGUAGGCAUUAGCCAGCUAUGACCGGGAGGCCGCAGGGGAACGCCUUUGGCAGCCAGAGGGGUAGGGUCCGUUUAAUUAACGCGUAUUUCUCAGGUCAUCGGUAUGACCAUAUCCUCCUCCUCCUCGUGGAUGCCCCUGGAGCCCACAGGCAACGGUUUUGGGCUCUCCAUCAAACGUCACUCCUUUCCCUCCAGACAUGACAGUAUGAGGGCCUCCCCAGCCCGGUGCAGUCAUGGGUCCUGCUCUCCUGCAAGCAAGUGAAAUGGAUAGCGGCGCUCGUUGUCUGUGCGGCGAACGCGAGAUAAUGUCACCAAAUGGGAGAUGAUGGAUCCAGACGUAAAGUCAGUGGGCAUUAACCUGGGCGAUGUCAGGCAACAUGUGGAUUUGUCUUAAUGAAGCAAAAUGCCUCCCGUGUGGAGACUGUGGUCCUGUUCAAAUGGUGAACAAUUCUGAGCCUAGGAGACAGUGGUGUCUAGCUGAACUGGGGGGCUCUGUUUAACAUCAAUUGUUUUGGUAUUGUUUCUUUUUCAUUUUUUGGUCCCACUUACACCUUAGGAUGCCCUAAUACCUGUACACCACACCCAAUGUAUCUUUACUCUCUGCUACAUAGCUCUUACAACCUAUAAUUUCUGUAAAUGCAUGUGCAGUAACUCUUGUGAGAAGUUUUAUAAGUAAAAUGUUUUAAGGCCAUAUGUGAAAUUGAAA